AUGAAGUUCUUUGUCGGUCUCGGUCUUGCCAUCGCCCUUCCUGCUCUCAUCAGCGCUUUGCCCGUUGAACAGCCAAAGGAAGAUGCUCCCAACAUGUGGGGAUUGAAGCGCGGUGUCGAUGAUACUGAUGCUCCUAACAUGUGGGGAUUGAAGCGUGGUGUUGAGGACACUGACGCUCCCAAUAUGUGGGGAUUGAAGGAGCGUGAUACUGAAAGCUCCGAUGCUCCUAACAUGUGGGGAUUAAAGGAGCGCGAUACUGAAGAGACUGAUGCUCCUAACAUGUGGGGACUCUAG